AUGUUCCGCCGGGAGCGCUCCAUCCCGCUCCGCGGCUCGGCCGCCGCGCUGGGCAACAACCUGAGCGUCCUGCAGCUGCCCGCCCGCAACCUGACGCACUUCGCCGUGGUCCACGGGCCCAGCGCCCAGCUGCUCAGCGCGGCCCCCGACGGGGUGACCCUGGCCCAGCGCCAGCUCCACGCCAAGCAGGGAGCUGGAGUGAGCCCCCCACUGAUCACCCAGGUCCACUGGUGUGUCCUCCCUUUCCGAGUGUUGCUGGUCCUCACCUCACACCGAGGGAUCCAGAUGUAUGAAGCUGAUGGCUCCGUCAUGGUGUACUGGCACGCACUGAACUCCGGAGAUGCCGCUCCAGUCCAUGCGGUGUUUGCCCGGGGGAUCGCUUCCAGUGGCCACUUUAUCUGCGUGGGGACAUGGUCAGGCUGCGUGCUGGUGUUUGAUAUCCCCACCAAGGGUCCCAACAUCACCCUGUGUGAAGAGCUGACUGGGCACCAGGCACCCAUCACGGACAUUGCCAGUGAGCCCUCCCAGGGACAGGAUGGUGUGGCUCACAUGGUGACAGCAGAUGACUCCGGCGUGCUCUGUGUCUGGCGGUCAGGGUCUGAAUUCACCUUGCUGGCCAGCAUUCCAGGAUUUGGGGUCCCGUGCCCGUCGGUGCAGCUGUGGCAGGGGAUCGUGGCAGCGGGUUAUGGGAACGGGCAGGUCCGCCUGUAUGAGGCCAACACGGGCACGCUCCAUGCCCAGAUCAGUGCCCACGCCCGGGCCGUCUGUGCCCUGGACCUGGCUCCGGACACGGGCACGCUGCUGUCUGCAGCCGAGGACACCGUCGUGCACAUCUGGAAGCUGAGCCGAGGCCCCGAGAGCGGGGACAUUGAGGUGGAACACUGCCACGGGGAGUGUGUUCCCGACACCCAGGUGUGUGGGGCCCGCUUCUGUGAUCGCUCAGGCACCUCCUUCGCCGUGACGGGCUACGACGUGGCUGAGAUCCUGAGGUUCCGAAGGGCGUGA